GUUUUAAGUUAGAGAAAUGUGUGUGUAGGACUCCCAUUUAAAUUCUGUGGUUUUGCACAACCUUAAACUCUUACACCUUAAUACAUUCUUCAUGUGACUAUUCUCAUGAAGCCAACACCAUCACCACCACCAUAUCACCUCCUCCUCACGGCGGCGCUACUCUUGACCUUCGCCGUAAGCACUUUCUCAGCCAUCCAAUGCCCCAACUGUGGCAACAUGUCAGUCCCAUAUCCACUCAGCACAGGACCCACAUGUGGCGACCAAUCUUAUAAAAUCACAUGCAACGCAAGUACUCUUGUAUUCGAUACGGUUAAUAACUCGUACCCGAUCAUUUCUAUCGAUCAAUCCACUCAACGGCUGGUGAUACAGCCAGCAGAUAUCAUACCAAACACCUGCAUGGUGUCUGAUUAUAUUCACCAAGGAAUACAGUUGAACAGUUCGCUGCCUUUCAAUAUUACUAGUUCCAAUACGGUCAUGCUCAUGAAUUGUUCUGAAUCAAUCCUUGAUCAACCGUUGGAUUGUUCAGCGACCAGCUUGUGCCACUUGUAUGCUAACAGUACUAGAGGAAGACAGGAGUCUCCGUGUGCGGAUUUCUCCUUGUGUUGUACCUACAAAGCGGGCGGGUCACCUUCGGCUUAUAGGAUACGGAUUCGCGAGGCGGGCGGGUGUAGAGCCUAUAAAAUUUUUGUUAAUUUGGAUACCGAUUUACCCGUGGAUAGGUGGCAAGAUCCGGGGCUGGAGAUUCAGUGGGAGCAACCACAAGAGCCGGUUUGUGGGUCUCAGGUGGAUUGUGAUGGGAGCUCCGCUUGUGGCCCUGACCCGAAUAUAAGUGGGGUUAAAAGGUGCUAUUGUAAGGUCGGACUUCGGUGGGAUCCGACCCAAGGCAUAUGUGCUCAACCUGCUGGUUGUGAAGGUCUUGGAGGCUGUGGUGAUAGAUCAAGGAAGACUGCACUCAUAGCAGGUUUAAGUUCCAGCCUCAGCGUAUUGCUCUUGGCUAUCACCAUCGGUGUCCCACUCUACAAACAUAACAAAGGCAUCAAAGAAGCACAAGAACGUUUGGCCAGACACCGCGAAGAAAUCUUGAGUGCCGAUGGAAGCAAAACAGCAAAACUCUUUACAGGGAAAGAGAUCAAGAAAGCAACGAACAGCUUCUCCAAAGACCGUCUCAUAGGCGCAGGCGGGUACGGUGAAGUCUAUAAAGGCGUUCUUGAUGAUGGCACUGUGGUUGCUGUCAAAUGUGCUAAGCUUGGAAAUACGAAAAGCACUGACCAGCUUUUGAACGAGGUUCGAAUCCUAUGCCAAGUCAAUCACAGAAGUCUCGUAGGCUUGCUUGGUUGCUGUGUUGAGCUGGUGCAGCCUAUUCUUGUUUAUGAAUAUAUACAAAAUGGAACUCUUCUUGAUCAUUUAGGGGGGCUUGAUGGACAAAGCCGACUAUCUUGGACAUGUCGUCUCCGAAUUGCUCAUGAGACUGCAGAGUGCCUCAGUUAUCUCCACACCUCUGCUACUCCUCCAAUAUAUCAUCGAGACAUCAAGUCGAGCAAUAUCCUUCUUGAUGACAAAUUAAAUGCCAAGAUUUCAGAUUUUGGUUUGUCAAGGUUAGCUUACAGUGACUUGAGUCACAUAUCAACCUGCGCCCAGGGUACUAUUGGGUAUAUAGAUCCUGAGUAUUUCAGGAGAUUCCAGCUGACUGAUAAGAGCGAUGUUUAUAGCUUUGGAGUUGUAUUGUUGGAGCUAUUGACUUCUAUGAAGGCAAUAGAUUUCGAUAGAGGAGAAGAUAAUGUCAACUUGGUGAUUUAUGUGCAAAGGAUGGUAGAGGAGGAAAAGUUUAUGGAGAUAAUUGAUCCUUUGCUAAAGGAGAAAGCGAGCAGCUUGGAGCUUGAGAGCAUCAAGGCAUUGGCACUUCUGGCGCUGGAUUGUUUGGAGGAAAGGAGAGAGAACAGGCCUUCCAUGAAAGAAGUUGCAGAGGAAAUUGAGUACAUCUUGACUAUUGCAGCAACAAAGAACCAAGGAAACUACUAGCUUAGCUCUCGUGUUAGGGACAUGAUAGCCAUGGCAUGUCAGUAUUCUUAAUAGAGAGUAAUAAUUUCAGCAGGUCCUUCCUAUGCAUGUACGUGUGUGUAAUUAAAUAAAAUAUAAGUAUUUAUAUAA